AUGGCCAUCAUUCGUUCAGUCAUCGCUGCCACAGCUCUUCUAGGAGCUGCAGUCAACGCCCAGGUUGUGGGCACUCCCUUCGGUUUCGGUGCUGGCACCACUGGUGGUGGUGAUGCGACCCCCGCUGCACCCGCCGACACGGCCGAACUCACCGAGUGGCUGGCAGACGACGAACCUCGAGUUAUUCUCAUCGACAAGGAGUUCAACUUCCUCGGCGACGAAUGCACCGACUGCGAGUGCUGCAUUCCCGACUCCAACACCUGCGGCGAUGCCGGCCAGAACGCUAUUGAGGUUGGCAUCGGCUGGUGUGGUGAUUACCCGACCACGACCUGUACCUAUGACAACGCCGGUUUGGACGGGUUGGACGUAGGCCCGAACAAGUCUAUUGUCGGUGUUGGUGAUGCUGGUGUCAUUCGUGGUAAGGGUUUGCGUAUCCACGGCACGGAGAACGUUAUCGUCCAGAACAUCCACAUCACCGAGCUCAACCCACAGUACAUCUGGGGUGGUGAUGCGAUCUCCCUUGACGGCGCCGAUAAGGUGUGGAUCGACCAUGUCAAGAUCUCUCUCGUCGGUCGUCAAAUGUUCGUUACUGGAUACGAGUCAAGCGGAAGCGUCACCUUCUCCAACAACGAGCUCGACGGAACCACCGACUGGUCUGCCUCCUGCGAUGGCCACCACUACUGGACUAUCCUCGCCCUCGGCGAAAACGACAAGGUCACUUUCGCGAACAACUACAUUCACACCACCUCUGGCCGCGCCCCCAAGGUCGGUGCUCCCAGCUUCUGGCACGUCUACAACAACUACUGGUCCGACAACACCGGCCACGCCUUCGACGUUGAGGAGUCCGGUACAAACGUCUUCAUCGAGGGCAACGUCUUCGAGGACAUCAACUCCGCCUACAACGAUGACGGUACCGGUGCUAUCUUCGCCGUUGACUCCGGCUCUGAGGCGACUUGCUCUUCCGUCCUCGGCCGCACUUGUGUCGCCAACAGCCUUACCAACUCUGAAUACACUGCUGUCGCGGAUGAGAGCGUACUGUCCGCCUUCCCGGCUGAUGAGGAGGGUGACAUUACCAUCUUGCCCGUCGACCAGGUCGCCGCUUACGUCCUGGCUAAUGCUGGUGUUGGAAAGCUCUCUGCUAGUGGAAGCACCAGCGGCAGCAGCAGCAGCAUUGCUCCUUCAUCAAGUGUCCCUGUGAUUCCCACUAGCACGCCCCUGGUGUACCCGACUUUUACCCCUCCUGCCGUUGAGACCAAUGCCAUUCAGAAAGAGCAUGAGGUCUCGACCCCGGCCGUUCCUACCCCCACUCCUGUUCCCUCUAGUGUUGGAAGCCACGGGUCUACUGCCGGUUCUUCUCACCCGCCGGCCUUUUCCCGCACCUCUUUUGAGUCCUAA